CAUGGCCGUGUGAAGCCGAGGCACCAGUACAUUGCUCAAAGAAUGCGUGAGCUUGGCCGGUUCAUGUUAGUAGCUAAAGAUAUGGACAAGACUGUCAAUAGUCUAGAAGACUUGUGUGCACCAUCUAGAUUUCAGCUUGUUGUCAAUAUUGCCAAGCGUCUCACAAUUCAGUCCAGGCAAAAAUGAAUAUGGAAAACCUUCAACAGCAGUCAAAAUUGGAUUCUGCCUUAAAGGGGCUGUGGAGGUCAUGAUUGGACAGGCUCUUAUGAAUGAUGAUGAUCUGACAGAGAAGAAGGCAAAAAAAUUCUUUGAACUCUUGGAGAAAAACUGGAGGAACAGCGUUUCUAUCACCGCUCACCAAACCAUUCAAGAAAAAAGAUGGAAUAAAGAAGAUGACAUCCCCCUCACAAAAAAUGUGAUUGCUCUGAGAGACCAUCUCAGGAUGGUAGAAGACGAAACAAGAGAGGAACUGACGCAGCAAAUGAGUUUACGAGCAUACAAGGCAUUAAACGAGACAGUUCUGGCACAGGGCAUUAUUUUCAACAAGCGGCGGGAAGGGGAAGCAUCACGCUUGACUCUUGAGAUCUACAAGAAAGCAAGCACAAGUGCCAUUAAUGAGGACAUCUAUGAAACCUUGUCACCAUUAGAAAAGGAGCUAAGCAAGAUAUUAACCCGCAUAGAAAUCAGGGGGAAAAGAGGAAAGAAGGUUCCAGUUUUCUUGACGGAGAGAAUGAAAGAGUCAAUCGAUUUGUUGGUCAAAAGGAGAGAAGAAGCUGGUGUACCUGCUGAAAAUCCCUAUCUCUUUGCAAGAUCUGGUGUAAUGACAAACAUACGUGGAUGUGACUGUCUGCAUAAAUAUGCAGAAGAAAGCAAAGCAGAAAACCCCGAACUCCUAAGAUCAACUAAAUUAAGAAAACAGGUUGCCACACUCUGCCAACUCUUGGACCUUAGUGAACAAGAGCUGGAGCAAGUUGCAAGGUUCAUGGGUCAUGACAUCAGAGUACACCGUGACUUUUACAGACAGACUGACAAAACAUAUCAAAUUGCCAAGAUAAGUAAGCUACUGUUCGCAAUGGAGCAAGGCACUGAGAGCUUACGAGGGAAGAACCUUAACACGCUUCAUCCAUCAGUAUGUGGUAUGUUAUGUAUGCACUCUGUUUUAUUGCCAAUGCAGUUGUAUUGUGUAUUGGCUUUAGCCACUGGACUCAUUUUUAAGAGAACACCAUUGACUUUUUGGGCAGUACAAUUACAUUUAUAGCUCUUUUAAUCAAAAGAAUGUACUUAUGACUUUAGACAAUCAAGCACUAAAAUGUUUUUAUUUUUUUUAUUUUUAUUUUUUUAUCUUUUAUGGGUGAAAGUCCCACAUUAACUUCUGGUUUACAGAGACAAACAAAAACAGGACGAGUGAAGAGAGGAAGAGAAGUUGAUGAGGACGGAUGUUCUGACCUCUUUUCCCCUCAAAAAACACCUGCCCAAUGCAGUGAGGAUGGGGGUUCAGAU